UUUUCUUUAACACCUAAUAUUAAUCAUUUUUCCUCUUGUACUUAUACAUUUUUGAGCUAGUAGUUAUUAGUUAUAAGUUAUUACUUAAUUCUUUAGCCUCAACACUUGAAUCUUUAAAAAAUGUAGUGUUUUUUUUUUGUUUAUAAAGAAUAAGCAUAUCGCGCAGUUAUAAUGCAUUUUAUACUUGCUCAACAUUUGGAAUAUGUAUUUUUAUUCUAGUGAAAUAUACUUUAAGAAUAUCUUAUAAUUUAUAGGACUACAAAAUGAAUAUUAGUGAGUCAAACCAAGUAGGCUAUUGGGGUCAACCAACAGCUACAAUUGAUUGGUGUGAAAAAAAUUAUGAAGUGAAUUAUUACAUUGCUGAAUUAUGGAACACUUUAAGCAAUUUAAUGAUGAUAAUACCUCCCCUAUGGGGUAUUUAUGAUAUGCGAAAACAGAAAUUUGCUCUUAGAUUUUUGUUUUGCUAUUUGUUCAUAGUGGUUGUUGGUUUUGGCAGUUGGGCAUUUCAUAUGACACUUUUGUAUGAAAUGCAGCUGUUUGAUGAAUUACCAAUGGUUUGGGGAACAUGUUACUGUAUUUAUUGUUUGUCAAUUGUAAAACACGACACCAAGUCUAAGACUGUAUUACCAAAUAAAUUAUUAUUAUUAGUAUUAUCAACGAUAAGUCUUGCAUUUGCAAUCAUUUAUCUUGCAUGGCCACAACCAUUAUUGCAACAUACUUGCUAUGGUGUAUUAGUCUUUAUAUCAUUAGUACAAGAAAUCAAAAUAAUAUUAGAAUUUAAAUGUGCUGUUUGUAAGAAGAUGUUUAUAAUUGCUCUAGCUUUAUAUCUCUUUGGAUUUUUCCUGUGGAAUAUUGAUAACAUAUUCUGCAAAAAUCUUACAUCUUUAAGAGAACAGAUUCCAGUUUACCUUCAACCAUUUACCCAAAUGCAUAGCUGGUGGCAUGUAUUUGCAGGCUAUGGAGUCUACAUACAAGUUUUAUUUUGCAUACAUUCCACAUAUGAUUACCAAAGAAAACUCCGGCAAUCUGAUGUACUUUUGCCAAUGCACAUGUAUUUCAGUGUUCGUUGGAGAAGCAAUGCCAAGAAAAAAUAAUGUUCCUUUACUCUAAAAUUCUCAUUCUCUUGUGCUUAUCAUGCUUAGGUUAGUAACGAUUAUUCAUGUAAUCCAUCGAAAUUGUGAUGUCUUAUUGCAUUAGUUAGUGAAGUAUAAAAUAGGUACAAUUUUGUAUCUUAAUCUCAUAUUAUUUAGUGUAAUUUUUAAUAGUUUUUAAUCAUCAUUAUUGUUUUCCUUACUUAUAGCAAUAUUCUUUAAACAAAUGUAUAAUUAUUUUGAAAUAUCAUACAUUAUUUAAUU